CAACAAUGUCUAGAAAUUGCUAAAGAAGUGGGAGACAAGGCCGGAGAGGGAGCAAGUUAUGGCAAUCUCGGCAACGCUUAUCAAGGUCUAGGAGAGUUCAAAACAGCCAUCAAGUACUAUCAACAAUGUCUAGAAAUUGCUAAAGAAGUGGGAGACAAGGCCGUAGAGGGAAAAAGUUAUGGCAAUCUCGGCAACGCUUAUCGCAGUCUAGGAGAGUUCAAAACAGCCAUCAAGUACCAUCAACGUCAUCUAGAAAUUGCUAAAGAAGUGGGAGACAAGGCCGGAGAGGGAGCAAGUUAUGGCAAUCUCGGCAACGCUUAUGGCAGUCUAGGAGAGUUCAAAACAGCCAUGGAGUACCAUCAACGUGAUCUAGAAAUUGCUAAAGAAGUGGAAGACAAGGCCGGAGAGGGAAGAAGUUAUUGCAAUCUCGGCAACGCUUAUCGCAGACUAGGAGAGGUCAAAACAGCCAUCGAGUACCAUCAACGUCAUCUAAAAAUUGCUAAAGAAGUGGGAGACAAGGCCGGAGAGGGAAAAAGUUAUGGCAAUCUCGGCAACGUUUAUGACAGUCUAGGAGAGUUCAAAACAGCCAUGGAGUACCAUCAACGUGAUCUAGAAAUUGCUAAAGAAGUGGGAGACAAGGCCGGAGAGGGAGCAAGUUAUGGCAAUCUCGGCAACGAUUAUCACAGUCUAAGAAAGUUUAAAACAGCCAUCGAGUACCAUCAAUAUGAUCUAGAAAUUGCUAAAGAAGUAGGAGAUAGGGCUGGAGAGGGAAGAAGUUAUGGCAACCUCGGCAACGCUUAUCAAGGUCUACGACAGUUCAAAACAGCAAUGGAGUACCAUCAACGUGAUCUAGAAAUUGCUAAAGAAGUGGGAGACAAGGCCGGAGAGGGAAGAAGUUAUGGCAAUCUCGGCAACGCUUAUGGCAUUCUAGGAAAGUUUAAAACAGCCAUCGAGUACUAUCAACGUCAUCUUGAAAUUUCUAAAGAAGCGGGAAAUAAGACCGGAGAAGCGUGGGCACUCCAUUCCCUUGGAAACAGUUUUGAGUACCAAGGAAAUCUUAUGGUGGCCUUUGAUUGUUAUUACUCGAGUGUAAAAUUGUAUGAUGAUAUCAGGGCCAGUCUUCAACUCAACGAUCAGUGGAAGAUUUCUUAUCGUAAUAAGUACCAAGGUACAUACAAAAGUUUGUGGCGUAUAAAUCUCAAACGAGGUCAAGCUGUAAAGGCUCUUCUUGCCGCAGAGAAAGGAAGUGCUCAAGCUCUGAGAGAUCUCAUGGACACAAAAUAUUCGCCUGGAGCUUCUUUAACGUACAGCGCACCCCGCAUUUCUCUGAGAUGUAUUCAAUUGAGCACAGUUUUCAUAGCUAUCAAUGGGCCAUGCGUUUACUUCUGGGUUUGCCUUAGUGAAGAUAACAUCCAGAUGAGACAGGUACACGUCAACGACUAUAGGUUUGAGGAUGAAUUGAAAUGUUUCAUCAAGCUACUGAACAAAUCUGCUCUUAAGGAGAUCGGUGCAAGAGAUACUGUUGCAAUCGAAAAUCCUCUGCUUGAUUCGCCGACAGAAGAAGAAAUGGCCAAUGGUGUGAUCCGAGUUGAUGUGAGACACUCCCAAUCAAGUGCUUUAAAUAAGCUGCAUAAGAUCAUCGUUUCUCCUAUUGCUGACCUGAUCAAAGGCAACGACGAGAUCACAUUCGUUCCUGAGGGGCCAUUUUGCCUUGUACCUUAUGCAGCAUUGCAGGAGUCGAACUCAUCAUAUUUAAGUGAUUCUUUCAGAAUUCGUGUGCUUCCCUCUCUGACGACGUUGCAAAUAAUUCGUGAUUGUCCAGCUGACUUUCACGUGAAGACUGGUGCAUUGCUUGUCGGUGACCCAUGUUUCAAACAUGUCAUCUAUCAGGAAGGACUUUUGGUGCAGCUUCCAGGAGCAAGGAAAGAAGUGGAGAUGAUCGGACGUAUCCUCAAUGUCUCCCCUCUCACUGGAGAAAUGGCAACAAAACAUGAAGUGUUAAAACGAAUAUCAUCAGUGGCCUUAGUUCACAUAGCAGCACACGGUAAAAUGGAAACUGGAGAAGUUAUCCUGGCACCAAACACCACAAGACAAAACCCUCAUCCGCAAGAGAAAGACUAUCUACUGACGAUGAAAGAUGUCAUAGAAACUGGGUUGCGAGCUCGUCUGGUUGUACUUAGCUGCUGUCACACUGCUCGAGGGGAGGUCAUGGCUGAGGGUGUGGUCGGCAUGGCGCGUGCACUUUUGGGUGCCGGUGCUAGAUCUGUUGUGGUAACCUUGUGGGCGAUUGGCGACGAGGGGACCCUGGAGUUCAUGACUUUCUUCUACGAUGCACUUGCCAAAGGCAAGAAGGCAAGUGAAGCUCUCAAUCAGGCCAUGAAGUGUAUGAGAGAAAUUGAAAAGUUCAAGGAGGUGAUUUACUGGGCACCAUUUGUACUCAUUGGUGAUGACGUCAAACUAGAUUUCAAGGAUAUUGGAAGCCGAAACAAUUAAGGCAGUGAGCAUUAGAAUCCCAGAGUGUUUUCGGAUACCUGCGAACGCUGAUAUUUGAACCAGAAACCAGUAAGCUACUUAUGAAUCUUUCUCAACAGUCUUCUUUUCAAAGCAAGAAGAACCAAAAGACG